GAGCCAGGGGGUGCUCUUGACAAGGAGCAUGCCGAGAUGGUUAUUGUAUAUUCCUCAUCUAGGAACGUUAAAUAAAACAAAAAAUCCACUUUUGAUCUUUAUGGAAAAGGGGAAAGACACUCCUCUGCUCUCUGACUUGGGCUCCUUGAAGCAUUUUAGGCAGUUAACCGGGGGAAACCAAGAUGUGAGAGAUGAAACAUGCAUGCAGUUUUCCCCCAGUUUUAUUUUUAAAAGAAGUUGGAGAUCAUCUUUUUUCCUUCCACAUCUUUCUUUUUUGUCAGAAGAGGCAGAAGUGGAUGUGAGAGACAGAGACACUCAGAGACACACAGAGCGAAAGAGGGCAAGAGACUUGACUUUAAGAGACUCCUUCACUGACAACUCCAUGCAGUUCGGAACAAGAACAGCAACGACCGAGCCUGGUUUCAUGGGGACAUGGCAGAACGCUGACACUAACCUCUUAUUCAGAAUGUCCCAGCAGGCCAUUCGCUGCACCUUGGUAAAUUGCACAUGUGAAUGUUUCCAGCCAGGAAAGAUAAACCUGAGAACCUGUGAUCAGUGUAAACAUGGCUGGGUGGCACAUGCUUUGGACAAACUUAGCACCCAGCAUCUGUACCAUCCAACUCAAGUGGAGAUUGUACAAUCCAAUGUAGUGUUUGAUAUCAGCAGCCUGAUGCUCUAUGGUACCCAGGCCGUGCCAGUGAGACUGAAGAUAUUGCUAGAUCGACUCUUCAGUGUAUUGAAGCAGGAAGAAGUGCUGCACAUCCUGCAUGGUUUGGGCUGGACACUUCGAGACUAUGUUCGGGGCUACAUCCUUCAGGAUGCUGCAGGCAAAGUGCUGGACCGCUGGGCCAUCAUGUCCAGGGAAGAAGAGAUUAUUACCCUUCAGCAAUUUCUGAGGUUUGGAGAAACCAAAUCCAUUGUGGAGCUGAUGGCAAUUCAAGAAAAAGAAGGGCAGGCUGUGGCUGUGCCAUCUUCAAAGACAGACUCAGAUAUAAGGACUUUUAUUGAAAGCAAUAAUCGAACCAGGAGCCCGAGUCUUCUGGCUCAUCUGGAGAACAGCAACCCUUCCAGCAUUCAUCAUUUUGAAAACAUCCCGAACAGCCUAGCAUUCCUGCUUCCAUUUCAGUAUAUAAAUCCAGUUUCUGCUCCACUGUUGGGUUUGCCUCCGAACGGUCUUCUGCUGGAACAGCCAAUGCUGAGACUGCGUGAACCAAACCUUUCAACCCAGAAUGAAUAUAAUGAAAGCAGUGAAUCUGAAGAAUCCCCAGCACCUUUCAAGAACGAGCAGAACUCCAACAGGAAUGCCUUGACCAGCAUCACAAACGUAGAGCCCAAAACUGAGCCAGCUUCCGUGUCUCCAGUACAGACAUCUACCCCUGUCAGUGAUUUAUCCAAACCCGAACAUACAAAGAGCUCUUUCAGAAUUCACAGAAUGAGGAGGAUGGGGUCAGCAUCACGGAAAGGCAGAGUUUUCUGUAAUGCGUGCGGCAAGACUUUUUAUGACAAGGGUACCCUCAAAAUCCACUACAAUGCAGUCCAUCUUAAGAUCAAACAUAGAUGUACUAUUGAAGGUUGUAACAUGGUCUUCAGCUCACUUAGAAGUCGCAACCGUCACAGUGCUAAUCCUAACCCCCGACUUCAUAUGCCCAUGCUAAGGAACAAUCGAGACAAAGACCUUAUCCGUGCUACAUCUGGUGCUGCUACCCCUGUUAUAGCAAGUACAAAAUCUAACCUUACAUUAACAAGUCCUGGUCGACCUCCAAUGGGUUUUACCACUCCCCCAUUAGACCCUGUGCUACAAAAUCCUCUACCUAGUCAACUAGUGUUUCCAGCUUUAAAGACUGUACAGCCUGUUCCUCCUUUUUACAGAAGUUUACUUACACCUGGUGAGAUGGUGAGUCCUCCAACCUCAUUAUCUACCAGUCCUUUAAUGCCAGUGGCUAGUACAAUAGAGCAGCCUCCCCUUCCUUCUUCAGAAUCAACCCUGCCAGCGUUGGUGAUGCCUACCCAUGAGACAAAUACUGACCUUGCCCCUAAGAAAAAACCAAGAAAGUCAAGCAUGCCUGUGAAAAUAGAGAAAGAAGUUAUUGACACUGCUGAUGAGUUCGAUGAUGAAGACGAGGACGUUAAUGAUAACAGAAGUAUUGCUAAUGAUGUUGGUCAUGACAAUCACUGUAAUUCUCAGGAAGAAAUGAGCCCAGGAUUGUCUGUGAAAGACUUCUCAAAAAAUGGAAGACGGUGCAUUUCCAGGACAGAACUAAGAAGAGCAGAUAGCAUGACAUCAGAAGACCAAGAUCAUGAGAGAGACUAUGAAAAUGAGUCAGAAUCUUCAGAACCAAAACUUUGUGAGGAAUCCAUGGAAGGGGAUGAGCACAUGAUGCAUGAGAGAAAUAACAGGUCUAUGAUGAACCACAACAGGCCAGAUGAAAACCACAAUGAAGCUUCACAGCAGGAUGAAAUUAAAAUUAAGGAAGAAUUUACAGAUCCUACUUAUGAUAUGUUUUGCAUGAGCCAAUACGGACUUUACAAUGGAGGUAGUGCUAGUAUGGCUGCCCUCCAUGAAAGUUUCACUUCCACAUUCAACUACAGCAGCCCCCAGAAAUUCUCCCCAGAAGGUGAUCUGUGCUCAAGUCCAGAUCCCAAGAUCUGCUAUGUUUGCAAGAAGAGUUUCAAGAGUUCCUACAGUGUGAAGCUCCACUAUAGGAAUGUUCAUUUAAAGGAGAUGCAUGUCUGCACAGUAGCGGGCUGCAAUGCUGCCUUCCCCUCAAGGAGAAGCAGAGACAGACACAGUGCUAACAUAAACCUGCACCGUAAACUGUUGACCAAAGAACUGGAUGAUAUGGGACUGGAUACAUCUCAGCCCUCACUUAGCAAGGACCUCCGUGAUGAAUUUUUGAUGAAGAUCUAUGGUGCCCCACAUCAGAUGGGGUUUGAUUUAAGGGAAGAUACAUCCUCCCCUGCAGGUACUGAAGAUUCCCAUCUGAAUGGGUAUGGAAGGGGCAUGUCAGAAGAAUACAUGGUGCUAGACCUAAGCACCACAUCCAGCAUCCAGUCUAGUGGUAGCAUCCAUUCCUCAAGAGAAUCUGAUGCAGGGAGUGAUGAGGGUAUUCUCCUUGAUGAUGUUGAUGGGGCAAGUGACAGUGGGGAAUCAUCACACAAAGCUGAUGUCCCAGCCCUAGGCAUUGGCAUGGGUGUCGAAGCCCCAGGAUCCCUCAUGUAUAACAGUAUUUCCAUGAACAAUGGGGGGAUCAUGUGUAACAUUUGCCACAAAAUGUACAGCAACAAGGGGACUCUCCGAGUGCAUUACAAGACUGUGCACUUACGAGAAAUGCACAAGUGCAAGAUCCCUGGAUGCAACAUGAUGUUUUCCUCUGUCCGCAGCCGGAAUAGGCACAGUCAGAAUCCAAACCUGCAUAAAAACAUUCCCUUCACUUCUAUAGAUUAGUUCAAAGGUGGACAUGGCAAAUGCCAGCUCUCCCAGAGGGCCUUAUUUCUUUGAACUGUCAUUUACAGACAAUUAUUAUAAAUAUAUAUAAAUAUAAAUAUAAAUAUAUAUCUUUUUUUCUUUUGUAAUGAAACAGAAAACACCAGGUGCUUUUUUUCUUCUUUUUUUGUUAGGGAUUUUCUUUUUGUGUGGGUUGGGGUAGUAUCUUUAACCUAGGAUGGUAUUUCCAUUGCUAAAGAAAAAAAAAUUAAACAUGAACAAAUUUGCAUUUUUAAGCCCUACUUUUGUUAUGAGAUACAUGGUCAUCUCCAAAGAGACUGUUUCUUCUAACUGUGACUGUUGCCUGCCAUCUUAGAAAAGGAAAAAAAAAAAAGCAAUCCCAAGGAAACAAAGCACUCCAGGAACAAACAAACAAACAAAAAGAACAGCUUCAGUUGUCUUUGUGUAUUUUAAACCUUUGAAAGAACCGUCAACUACGCAUGGCUGUGACACUUGUAUAUAUAGAGCCUUGAGGGCCCAUGAUGUAAAACAUUUGUAUUGAUGGUGGUUUAACAUUUUUGUUUUGGUUUUUUUUUUACCUUUACAUUUACA